AUGUGGCUUUUCAACUUGUUGUCGUUCCUUACGCUCCCGUUCUACAUCUCAGGCUUGUCUAACAUUCUCAACAGAGCCAACAACGUGAGAAAAACAAGUUUGGCUUGUGUGAUUUACUUGAUUGACACUUUCUUUGGUCUCAUUUUCACUGCCUACUUUGUUCAUUUCUGGUUUAGCAGAGAAGACAACAACCCAACGAGCUACGGUGGUAACGCUGCCGCCACAGGUGCCUCGGCAGUUGACUCCUAUAGCGCAUACGUUCGUCGGUCCGCUGAUGCAACAGAAGACACUUUGUCACAGUCUGCUUCUCCUCAAAGAGAGCUUUUCUUGACUGUGAGCGGCAUCAUCGUGACCAACGCCUUCCGCUUAUACUUUGCAUUGGUCUUCCUUUCAUUCACCAAGCAACUUUUGAAACAGUCUGCCCUUAAUCAAAAGUACUAUGGUGCUGAUUCCUUGGGAGAAGAAGUCUUGCAUCCUACCAGUUUUGUGGGAAGAAUCAAGAAGUUCGUUUACGACCUUGAAAUGAGAGCCAAACAUUUCAUGACUGAGUUCUUGAACUAA